ACUUGUCUCACACGCCAUCUUUAAUAUCCACUAUGGAAAAGUUUGCUUCUCUGUUUCUUUCUGAGAUUUUUUGUUGUUUCUCAUAGUUGGAAUCAAAGAUGAGUCGAAUCAGUAUAGUGGUUUCUGAUCUGGUACUGUCCUUCAUGUGGAUAUGGUCAGGAGUUCUUGUCAGCAUCUUAGUCCACGGCGUACUUGGAUUUAGCCGCAAUGUAACGACCGGCGAGAUCGUCGGAUAUACAUUCUCUGUCAUCUCCAUGUUCAUCUUCGCUUUUCUUCAGAAACUCACCAAAGGCGGACAUUAUAAUCCUGUGGCCGCUUUGGCUUCCGGUGGCUUCGGCAGUUUCAUCUUCACCAUCAUGGUUCGAGUCCCCGCCGAGGUGAUAGGAUCAAUCCUUGCGGUUAAGCAUAUCAUUCACGUUUUCCCUGAGAUUGGAAAAGGACCAAAACUAAACGUAUCAAUCCAUCAAGGCGCUUUAACCGAGGGGGUACUAACUUUUUUCACUGUACUGAUCUCAAUGGAACUAUCAAGAAAGAUCCCUGGAAGUUUCUUCAUGAAGACUUGGAUUAGUAGUAUUGCUAAGUUAUCUCUCCAUGUUCUUGGAGCUGAUCUAACCGGCGGAUACAUGAAUCCAGCAGCGGUUAUGGGAUGGGCUUAUGCACGCGGUGAACAUAUAACAAAAGAGCAUUUACUUGUGUAUUGUCUUGGACCUGUGAUGGCUACCUUGCUUGCUGUUUGGUUCUACAAUGUUGUGUUAAAGCCUCUUACCGAAGAACAUGAGAAACCUAAGGCUAAAUCUGAAUGAGUAAAUGAUUUUAGUUCUCAUAUUAAUUUAGUGAAUCAUUUCUUAUUAGAUCUCAUAAUGUAUUUUUUUUUUUAAUGUAAAAUUCAACUAUAUCAAUCAGUUCAAAAACCUGAAUUUUGGUGAUUGUGAUUGGUAGGAUGCAGUAAAAGUAUUUGGUUUGUUACAAUAAAACGAGGUUUCUCAGUUUAGAUAAUUCAAUUACAAGAAAUCAAGAACCAGCCUUCAAAGACUUGGCAUUGAAGCUACUAAUAGACAAGAUUAGGCUCAAACUCAGCGAAAUCAACAGAUCCAGACUCAACCGGAGGCAUGAGAUAAGCAGCCAAGAUCUCAGAGACCAAAC